UCUUGCUGGCACGUCUUGCUUAUAUUUAUUUGUUCAUCUGACUGCAUCAUAUGCAUAAAUAUAAAUGCGACACCAACCAACGCUUAUUCAAUUCAAUCCAAUCCCUCUCUGAACAAGAAGUUUCUUCUUUCUGGCCUUCCACUCUUCAGGAGGAGUUCCCUGAUGGCUCCGGGAUCAGUGGUGGUGACAAUGGAGAACCCGAUCAAUUUCUCUGUAGUACAAGUUGAAGGCCUAGACCCAGGCUCCGUGUUGGAGAAGGGCAGGGCCAAGAACCAGAAGCAAUUCCGAUGGUUCCUCUUCCUCAGGGCUCAGAGGGCCGUCGCCUUCCUCUCUUGGUCCUUCUUUGGCCUGGCCAAGCUUCUUGCCACGGCUCAAAAACGUCUCCUCUCCUUCAACACCUCGCAGAAGCCUCACAGGAUGGGCAAGCUGCUGCUGGUUCUUAGGGCUUUCCUGCUCGUUUCCGUCAUGGCGUUGGUGUUCGAAAUCUAUGCGCAUAAGAACGAGCUGCAUCUGAUCCAGCCUUGGGAGGUCCAGAACAUGGCGCAGCAGGCUUAUAUGCUAUGGCUUUCCUUUAGAAUAACCUACGUUUCCCCUCUCGUCAUGAGUCUCUCGAGGUUCUGUAUCGUUCUCUUCUUGAUUCAAUCUCUUGAUAGAUUCGUGCUCUGCUUUGGCUGUUUCUGGAUCAAGUUUAAGAAACUUAAACCGAGAUUGCAAGAUGAAGUGAAUGGCAAGGCCGCCACUUCCUACUUUCCCAUGGUUCUGGUUCAGAUUCCCAUGUGCAACGAGAGAGAGGUCUAUGAGCAAUCUAUAUCUGCUGUGUGCCAAUUGGAUUGGCCAAAAGACAAGCUCUUAAUCCAAGUCCUUGACGAUUCUGAUAUAAAGAGUUUGCAGCUCCUUAUCAAAAAUGAAGUGUCUAUAUGGAAACAGAAAGGCAUAAACAUAGUAUAUCGCCAUAGAUUCUUCAGGACUGGUUACAAGGCCGGUAACCUGGCCUCGGCAAUGUCCUGCGAUUACAUUAAGGGCUAUGAGUUCGUGGCCAUCUUCGAUGCAGAUUUCCAGCCAAACCCAGAUUUCCUGAAACUAACAGUGCCCCAUUUCAAGGACAAUCCUGAGUUGGGACUUGUUCAAGCCAGGUGGUCUUUUGUGAACAAGGAUGAAAACCUGCUCACUAGGCUGCAGCACAUCAAUCUCGCCUUCCAUUUUGAGGUGGAGCAGCAAGUCAACGGCAUGUACCUCAACUUCUUUGGAUUCAACGGCACAGCCGGAGUGUGGAGAAUUAGCGCUCUUGAGGAUUCUGGCGGCUGGCUGGAGAGAACUACUGUAGAGGACAUGGACAUAGCAGUCAGAGCUCACCUCAAUGGCUGGAAGUUCAUCUUCCUAAACGAUGUCAAGGUUCUCUGUGAACUUCCGGAAUCAUAUGAAACCUAUAAGAAGCAGCAAUAUAGAUGGCACUCAGGUCCUAUGCAGCUCUUCAAGCUCUGCCUUCCCACCAUCAUCACUUCAAAGAUAUCAUCUUGGAAAAAGUUCAACUUGAUCUUCCUCUUCUUCCUCCUGAGGAAAUUGAUCCUCCCCUUCUACUCUUUCACCUUGUUCUGCAUAAUCCUUCCCUUGACAAUGUUUGUUCCAGAGGCGGAGCUGCCAAUUUGGGUGAUCUGCUACAUUCCUGUUACCAUGUCUAUUCUCAACAUCCUUCCAUCGCCAAAAUCCUUUCCUUUCAUCAUCCCUUACCUCCUGUUUGAGAACACAAUGUCUGUGACCAAGUUCAAUGCGAUGAUCUCGGGCUUGUUUCAGCUGAGUAGUUCCUAUGAGUGGGUUGUGACCAAGAAAACUGGGAGGGCCUCAGACUCCGAUCUUGUGGGGAUGAAGGCAAAGGCUCUUGAACAAGACCAGAUUCUGCUGAAGCAAGCUUCAGAGGCUGACUUGGAGGCACUGGAUUCGGAGGACAAGGAGAUGGAAAUCUCUGAGAAGAAAAAGAGAAGGAACAGAAUCUAUAGAAAAGAGCUGGUGCUUGCUUGCCUUUUGCUCACAGCAGCUGCAAGGAGCUUGCUUUCUGCUCAAGGAGUUCAUUUCUACUUCUUGCUCUUUCAAGGGCUGUCAUUUCUGGUUGUUGGUCUGGAUCUCAUUGGGGAGCAAACAAACUGAUUUAGAUCAGAAUGAAAGACUAAAUUGGGAUAGUUUAAUUGCCAAUGGAGAAAAUUUAUCCUUUGCGCUACCAAAAGAAACAUAAAAGAGAAAGAAAGAAAUGAUUGCCAACACUGUUAAGCAUGCAAAAUUUGGAGAUUAUGUUAUUUAUUAAUCGACGUUACAUUCUUCUUCCUGUAGGAUACAGAAUUUUGGACUUCAUCAUCAGUCAUGUACAUGAACUUAUAUACAUCAUUCAUGAAAGAAGCUGUUUAUUUGUGUUUGUUCAGACAUUAAGUAAACCUUGUUCUUGACUGUGAA